UUUUUAUAAUGAAAUCCUUGUUUACCUGUUUCUUACUUUCUUUCUUCUCCGUCAGAAUGAAAGAUCGAUUUAUGGGUUACUGUUGAUUACCUGUCUUUUAAGAUUGAUUUUUCCCAUAAAUAUUUUGUGUUUUCCAUGUCUUCUUCUUCUGCUCUGUACAUCUUAUGUACAGUAUGCCACCGCUCAUGGAGAGUCAUGGUGAUCAACUUUAUCAUUGUAUUACCAAGUGCAGACAUCUUACUCUGGAUUGUGUUAAUGGUAGGAGAACUCUCCGGUGGAUGGCCACUGGGGCUAGAGAAUAUGAACAUAAGACUAGAAAUCGUGGACAACUUCCAAAUCAGUAGAGAACCAUACACCUCCCAACCACGCUCAACCAGCUUUUCUUCGUUCACAUCUUCUGAGCUCGACACUGAGUCAACAAGGUCCUCCUUCCAAGAUCCCAGCGUAUCAUUAGGCCGGCUAUUAGGAAUGAAACCCAGGCAAGGAGAAGACUUUCACUUCGAAGAUUUGACUCGCCUAGAAGAAACCCAUGGGAUGUUAUCUACUGCAACUAAGAGCGCCAUGAAAUGGACAUGUCACAAGGGAUCUGCAUUCCGCUCUUCCUAAAUUUUCGCUUUAAGAUCAGCCCUAGUAAGAGCUGUGGAAGGGGUCAAUGAAGGUUUUGGAGCAACACAGACUACAUCGUCUCUCUUGAUAAUUAUCAAUGAAAAGAAGAACUUAUCUAGAACAUGAUUCAGACGGUUCAAGCAUCUUUCAACUUCCAAAAGUAGCACAAGAUGUCAAACCACUGGUUCUCAAGUUUACUUUUGCAUUUAAAAUUUGUAAUAGAGACAAAAACAAACAUUAGCGGACACUGGUAACAAAAUUCCAUGGAACAUUGAUCUUGUUCAGGUUCUUGCAAGAUAAGCCUCUUACAUCUAA